UAUAAGUUUGAAGAGAGAGAAGAAAAUAAGGGGUUUUGUGGGGAGAGUAAUUUUUUUUAAAAUGUAUAAGAAGGAAAAUUAAUUUCGUUUUUGUUAAGUGGACUUUUUUAAAAAAAAAUUAAUAAAAUUGUGAAGUGGAAAAAUCAAGUUUCUUUGAAUUUCUACGUAAUUCGUAAGUCGUAACCGUGGAUUGUUCCACAAAACACAUUCGGAGUAUCCGUAAUCAGUUUGUUUCUCUCUCUAGUCUCUAUUGUUUGUUGUUUCCCUCCAACUAAACACUCUUUCUCUCUCUGUCACACACACCUGAGCUUAAUUAUUCCAGGGUUUUUAUUAUUCUCAAUUUCCCACAUUCAAUUAUAAUUGAAUUAAAUACCCCCUUUUUUUUUUUUUUUUUUUUUUUUUUUUUUUUGCCAUCAUGAAACGUGGCUACGAAGGUUCAUCUUCUGGCCCUCCUCAAUCUCGAUUUAAACACAACCCACAAGGAGAUGGGGAAUUCCUUGAGGAUGAGAGUACAAGAAUUUCUGCUCGGAAUGUAGCUGAUCAUUACAGUUCAAGAACUAACCAGACAUUGGAAGAACGAGAAGCGAGCCCAAUUAUCCAUUUGAAGAAACUUAACAACUGGAUAAAAAGUGUGUUAAUUCAGCUUUAUGCCCGUCCUGGGAAUGCUGUUCUUGAUCUUGCAUGUGGAAAGGGUGGGGAUCUUAUAAAAUGGGACAAGGCUAAGAUUGGAUAUUAUGUUGGAAUCGAUAUUGCUGAAGGCUCAAUUGAAGAUUGCCGUACAAGGUAUAAUGGUGAUGCGGAUAAGAAUUCGCGUCGUAAAAAGUUUAAGUUCCCUGCACGCCUCUUAUGUGGUGAUUGCUUUGAGGUUCAGCUUGACAGAGUAUUGGCAGAGGAUGGCCCCUUUGACCUUUGCAGUUGUCAGUUUGCCUUGCAUUAUUCAUGGUCUACUGAGGCACGUGCACGGCGAGCUUUGGCUAAUAUUACAGCAUUGCUUCGACCAGGUGGCAUCUUAAUUGGAACAAUGCCUGAUGCCAAUGUUAUUGUCAAGAAGUUCAGAGAAGCGGAAGGUUUACAAUUUGGAAAUAGUGUGUACUGGAUACGUUUUGAUGAGGAUUAUGCUGAUAAGAAAUUUAAAGCAACCAGUCCUUUUGGUAUCCGAUACAAGUUUCACUUAGAGGAUGCUGUUGAUUGUCCUGAAUGGGUUGUCCCUUUCCCUGUCUUUAAGUCACUGGCAGAAGAGUAUGACUUUGAGCUAGUGUUUGCAAAAAACAAUCAUCAAUUUGUUGAAGAAUAUUUGAAAAAGCCUGAGUUUGUUGAGCUUAUGAGGAGGCUGGGUGCUUUGGGUGAUUCCCAUGAUAAUAGCACAUUAUCACCAGAUGAGUGGGAAGUAGCUUACUUAUAUUUGGCUUUUGUGCUGAAAAAGCGAGGCCAACCAGACCAAAAGCAAAAGCGAAUUGUGAAAAAGGGCGACAGCGAUAAGCCCAUUCAAAAGGAGGACAUCAUGUACAUUACUAGUUGAUUAUAACAGGAUAGUAUUUCGGCUUAAAUUCAACUGCGACAGCAAUUGCGCCAGGUCCUAGUCAAGAUGCCAAUAUACUGGCAGUAGUUCAGACCUGAAACUUGGGACGUGCUUCAGUUACACGCUUUUCUAAUCAGAGAUUACACAUCAGCUCAGUCCAGUUUAGUAUCAUGAGCUUCUUCUUGCAGAGGCAGCAGAGCAGGACUUGACAAAAUACAGUUCUCCCUGAUUUGAGGCAAAAUUAGUCAGGUUUAUAUGUCUGCACAUUACAAGAAGACAAUAAACUAUACUCCACCGAUCUCAUGGCUCUUUUCUUCGAAAGCUGGUAUAUUGGUGAUAAUGUAGCUCUGAUAAUCUGAUUAAUUUUUAGGUAAUAAAACAUAAUCAUAAGAGUGUUUCGGGUUGAAGCUUAAAAACAAGUGUAAUCCUUUAGAGUAGCUGAUCUGCUAAUAGUCAGGUAGCUUGGUUGCCAUACCCCCUCUUUCCUUACUUCCGAGUUGGUGUGUCACUUGUUAGUGUCGGCAUAAGCACUUUCUCGGUUAUAACAGUUAGUCCUUAUAGCAUAACCAGGGCGUUGGAUAGAAAUAGUAGAGCCAAGCCUUCUCUAAAAGAAGCAAGUGCAAGUCCCUGGAAAGCAGCUACUCGUACGGGUACUAGCUAAUGUUAGAGGAUCUUCUUUUCAUGACAAAGGAUUAAAACACAAUUAUGAGGGUGUUUUCUUGUUU